AUGUGUCUCCCAGGACCGCGUUCUUAUCUCUCGAUAUGUUCCAAACCCGGCGUGAGGUGGGUGAAUGGCAAGACUCAGAGUGUGGACUUCUCGCAAACUGCAGCCGAGUUCUCCUCAUACAUCACCGGGCGGCUGAAGAUGGAUACGGACUUGUCUUCAGCGAGAGUGCCUGAUCCUGAUCCUCAGACAGCCUGGAGAUACACUCGAGCUUACUUUGAUCAAGCUCUGGACGCUUCGCUUGGAAUCGUGCAACGUACGUGGUUUGAGAAGCACCUUACCGCCCAUCAAGCAGGGCUCGUGAGCGAUACAAGUGCUACAUGGCUUGCGCUGCGGAGCGUUGUAUUUGCCGCCGGCUGUCGAAUCGAGCUGUCGAAAUCCCAAACCUUUCGCAAAGCCAGCAAGCAGGCAUGGCGAUACUUCGAGACUGCCCUCGCGGUGUACGCAAGACUCAUCUUCCUGAAGACUUCCAUUAUGGGCGUACAGGCUUUGACACUGAUGGCUGUUCAGAUUAUCGACGACGAUGAGAUCACUUGCGCGUUGCCGCAACAUGUCAACAAUGGCAGCGCAUCGAACCUUGCGUACUGCCACAGCCUCAUACGACUUUCUCAGCUGCUAUCAAGAUCAGAGAAGCGCCUGUCUACAGCUCGAUAUCUGCGCUCCGGAGGCAAGCUGCUGAUGGAAGCCAUCGCGGAGUUGCAAGGCGAGCUCGACAGCGUACGAGAUACGCUCAACCAGUCCUUUGAUCUCCAGCUUGGUCAAUGCCUUCAGCCAGCGUCCUUGCCGCCACUGGUCAGCCUUGAUCAGUUACUGUAUCUCCACUACGCAUAUCUGAAUGCUACACUGAGCAUACACACUGUGCUAAGCUACCCAUGGCUCCGUGCCUUGACAGGCCUGCAUUCGCAAGAGACUUCCGAGAUGCAAACGAAUCAGUCGGCAGAGUCUGUGGCGAGAGCAGCCCGGGCGGCCAUUCUACUAACCGAACACAUCAAUCUCAGAGCACACACCACUCUUCCCGUUGCAUAUUUCGGUCCCGUGUACGCAAUGACCAGCCUAUUCGUGUAUUGCCUCGAUGAGGGAGCCGAUGUGUGCAGUCUAGCCCUUCUCGACGUUGCCACCGGCUAUUUUGCGCGACUACAGCUUGCAACCGGUGCGGUUGUACCGGCUCGCGUCGCACGAGAGCUUUCUUCUCUAGCACACCGAUAUCACCAGGCACCUCAGGACACAUCUCUCAACAGCACAUCUUCGCCAAACGAUCCCGAGCUUGCGGGCGGCGGCCUCGGUGCGGAAUAUUACGACCAGCUAUGGGAUCCUGGCGACAUUGGAAACCCCUUGCCACUUGAUUUCGAGGAUUGGAGUGCCCUUCUACCCGUCUCGUCGGAGGAAGAUCCCAUCAAUCUCGAGUUGUGGCAAAGUUGA